CAAUCAAACUGUUUCUACAUUCAGCAUUUAUUAACAAAACAUUACCAAUGGAAUCUGUGGAACCGUUCAAUCUGCUGUGGGAAGAUAAGGAAAUCAAAUUUGAUACUCCCAAUGUGCAAAAGCAUUUGCGUAAUGGCGAACAAGUGAUAUCGACCAUUUAUUAUAUAGAAGAUACCAAAGGUAAUCCUGGAGAUUCGGGACGUCUGCUGGCUACCAAUUUGCGAUUAAUAUGGUAUUCCUUGGUACACAAAAAAUUCAAUUUAUCCAUUGGCUAUGGACGCAUUGCCAAUAUGAAUACCAAAAUGACCAGCAACAAAGUACGUGGCAAUUGUUUGGCCCUGUACAUACUGGCCAUUGGUGGUAAUACGCGUUUUGAAUUCCUAUUUACCGAUGUAUCUGGAGAAACGGAACGCAAAAAUAUGCCCAUAUUUCAAAGUGUAUUCGAUAUUUAUCAACUAUAUCAACGUACCUAUUUGUAUCGCGAUUUAAAGUUGCGAGGAGCAAUCUUACAAUCUGGCCAACUGAUUAUUCUACCACAGGAACAGGUUAUCAACAAAGUGAAUGGUGUCUGGAAUCUAAGCAGUGAUCAAGGAAAUUUAGGCAGUUUUGUGGUUACCAAUAUUCGCGUGGUAUGGUAUGCCGAUGCCAAUGAGACCUUUAACAUCAGUCUACCCUAUAUACAAAUAGCCAAUAUACGAAUACGUGAAUCUAAAUAUGGUCCCGCAUUGGUUAUACAAACUGCCGAAACAGGUGGUGGUUAUGUUUUGGGAUUUCGCAUAGAUCCCACGGAACGUCUAACGGAAAUAUUUAAAGAAUUAGUUUCAUUACACACGGUGUAUACGGAAAAUCCUAACUUUGGCAUUGUUUAUGAUUCACCCGAUUUACGCAAACGUUCGACUGUUGAGACAGUGCAUCGCAAGGAUUUUAAGGUGGAAGAAUUUCAGGAAAUCGAUGAACGUCAAGAAAAGGAAAUUAAUUCAAAGUUAAAUACCUAUCUGGCUGAGGGCAGCCUUAUGGUGGGUGAAGAAAAACCACCCCGUGAGCCGGUCUAUUGCAAGGAAUUGGGCUUUGCCAUGGAACGUAUACGGGAUAAUUAUAAAUUAAAAGAUCUAUGGGAUAUAUUGCCACAGCAAAUGAUAGUGAUGGAGGAGGAAUGA